AUGGACCAGUUACUGCAUCAGGUUGCCUCCAACAUGGAGAAGCAGCUGGAUAAUGAGAUUGAGAGGCUGGAGACGAUGGAUUCCAGUGACCUGGAAGCUAUCAGACAGCAGAGGAUCGCAGAGAUGAAGAAACGCGCCAAGGCCAAGCAGGAGUGGGUAGCUAAUGGCCAUGGGGAGUACACAGAAAUAGACGGCGAGAAAGAGUUCUUCACAGUGUGCAACAAGAGUGAGCAUGUGGUCUGUCACUUCUACAAGAGCGACACUCCUCGCUGCAAGAUCGUGGACAUGCAUCUCAAAGUACUGGCCAAGAAACAUGUUGAGACGCGGUUCGUCAAGCUGGACGUUGAGAGGGCUCCGUUUUUGACUGGUCGUCUGAAGAUCCGUGUGAUCCCCACGAUAGGGCUGGUGAAGGACAACAAGACUAAAGACUUCAUAGUCGGGUUCACUGACCUCGGGAACAGAGACGACUUCUCCACUGAGAUGCUGGAGUGGAGGAUAGCUAGAUCAGACAUAAUAGAAUACUCAGGCGACCUCCUCGUCCCUCCGGAGGAAGCUCGCAAGGCGCGAAAACUGCAGAUACAAAACAAAAAGACUAUCAGAGGUACUCCGGACUCCGACUCAGAUUUAGAACUCAGCGAUUAA